CCAUACAUUCUAGUACGUGGCAACCUAGCAUCGUACAGUCAUAAAUAUCCCUGGAGGGUUUUAGUGUCAGGGCUUAAAGAAGUAAAGCACAACGAGGUAUAACGAUACUUUUAGCGCGACAAUGGCAACGACAACCAAUUCCAAAAAGCAAGACACCACCGCCGUCGACGAGGACGACGACAUUUUCUAUUACAUCGGUGUAAAAGCAUCACCGUUCUCGGCCAAUACCGCGGUUUUCGGUAUGUCACCGAAGGAGGUAUCGGCCAUACGCUGUCGUUUCCCGCUGUCCCCCUGUAGCACAAAUGUCGUGAAUGGAAUUAUGCUUAAAGGCACACCAUUCGCCGUCAUAAAUGCUCUAGCUGAGCUCGGCUAUCGAGUUAUUUGUACUACCGGAGAAGCCGAGGUACUUUGGACACUGCAGCGGGAUUGUUAACACUUUAAAAAUGGGCCUUA